UCUUGUGUAGUUGUGUGCAGCUUUCAUUUCUUGUUUUAGCUAGCCUCCAUCUUCUGAAAAAUUGAAAGAAUGGUUUUCGAAGUUGCACUAAAAGGAGAUGUAGAAAGCUUAAAGAGGCUAUUAGAUGAAGAUCCUCUGGCUCUGGAGAGAAGCAUGGCUAGUGUUUACUCCGACACACCACUGCAUGUGGCAGCGAUGCUGGGAUAUGAGGAUUUUGCCAAUGAAAUCCUUAGGAGGAAACCCCAACUAGCCAAAGACUUGAAUUCCAAUCAAUCUUCGCCUCUUCACCUCGCGGCUGCUAUGGGGCACGCGGGAGUGGUUAGAUGUUUACUGUUAGCUGAUCGCGGGAUGUGUAAGGCUCGUGAUAGAGACGGGCUCACUCCCUUCCACCUUGCAGCUGUGAAAGGGAGAGUUGAGGUGUUGAAGGAGUUGAUGAUGAGUGAUGGGCAUGAAAUUUGUAGCAAUGAAUUAUUAAGUGAGGUGAUAGCGAUGGAUGGGGAGAAGUUGGGAGAGAGCAUUUUGCACAUGUGUGUUAAGUAUGGGCAGUUGGAGGCUCUGAAAUUUGUUGUGGAGAUGAUAGGAGACGACGACGCAGAUUUUGUGAAUUCUAAGGAUGCUUUUGGUAACACAGUUUUGCAUCUGGCUGUAGAGUAUAAACAAUUUGAGGCUGUGAAGUUUUUGGUCCAACGUAGUAGAAUACAAGUGAAUGCUGAAAAUGGGAAAGGGUUAACAGCAAUGGACACUCUGUUUCAGAGUAGAAAUAAUAAUAAUAAUAUUAAUGUGAAAGAGAUGGAAAUUGGAGAAGCACUAGUUGUGGGGAGGGACAAUAAUUCCAAGGAAUCAGAGAAUUGGGUAAAUGAAAUGCGUGAGGGGUUAAUGGUGGCAGCUUCAUUACUGGCAACAAUGGCUUUUCAGGCUGUUGUUAGCCCCCCUGGCGGUGUACUUCAGAAUGAUGACAAACCUAUCAAGUAUAAGACAAAGUACUGUCUUUUUUUUAGUUUUUUCUAUAAUAAGAAUGAGGAUUGCAGCUUAGAAGAGCUCCCGCAAGAUAAAUGGUUGACUCCUAUAGCAGGAAUAUCUGUGCUGUCUUAUUACCAACAAACUAAUUAUACAGUGUUCAUGGUGGCCAACACGUUAAGCUUUCUUGCAUCUGUGAGUGUCAUACUGUUACUCAUAAGUGGUUUGCCCCUUCAUCGUAAAUUGUUUAUGUACAUAAUGAUGAUCACCAUGUGGGUGGCAAUCACAGCAGCGGCUGUAAGCUAUAUUGCGUGCCUGCAAAUGACUACUAUGCGGUUCAGUUCAGCUUAUUACAUCUUGAUCCUCAUCUGGGCCUGUUUGUUUGCAAUACUUGCAGUGAUUAUUGGUGUUGGGAAUAUAAUUAAGGUUACAGUGGUGGUCAUAAAAUGGUUGCCAAAAGCAUUCAAGACAAGGCGGCCUAACAAGAAUUCAACUUCAAUCAUGUAUCAACCUUAGCUUAAUUAGGAUAUAUUGAGUAGCGCCGCAUCCACAAUCUGAUCUGCACUUGUUUUUAAUUAGUCCAUGUUCAAGGACUUGUAUUAUAGUUUCAUCGCCAGGCCAGCCUGCAUAUUUUCAUUAUAUAUGCAUGUUUGAAUAAACUUUGUUCUUUGA